AUGACGCUCAAGACGCAAAUAAUUCAAUACGGUUCCAGCAGCAGCCACGCGUCCCAGAGCAGCGGCGACAUCUGCCGGAUCUGCCACUGCGAGUCCGACCCCCAGAACCCGCUGCUGACGCCGUGCUACUGCUCGGGCAGCCUCAAGUACGUGCACCAGUCCUGUCUGCAGCAAUGGCUUACCGCGUCCGAGACGAACGCGUGCGAGCUGUGCAAGUUCCCGUUCAUCAUGCACACCAAGAUCAAGCCGUUCAACGAGUGGCGCAGCCUGGAGAUGUCCGGCGUGGAGCGGCGGCGCCUCUUCUGUGCGGUGUUGUUCCACUGUGCGGCGGCCCUGUGCGUCAUCUGGUCGCUGUGUGUGCUGAUCGAGCGGGCCGCCGAGGAGGUGCGGCGUGGCCUCAUUGGGUGGCCCUUCUGGACGAAGCUGGUCGUGGUGACGGUGGGGCUGACCGGCGGCGUCGUCUUCAUGUACAUCCAGUGCAAGCAGUACUUGAAUCUGUGUAAUCGGUGGCGGGCAAGGAAUAGGAUUUUGCUGAUCCAGAAUGCCCCGGAGAAGAUUCAUCCGCCGCAGUCCCCGGUGAUGCAGCAGUUCCGGCGGGUACGGACGGCUGCAACCAGCGGGGGUGGGGUUUGCGGCGGACAAGGUGGCAGCGGAGGGGCUGGAAGUAGUGUUAGCAACAAUAGUGUAACGAUUGGUCCGAUGAUGCAGAGCUACGACCAGCAGUUGAUCGGUUCGAUUGGGGUUGGAGGGGGCGUCGGUGGUGGUCAUCCUUGUGAGCUGCAACUGAAUCAGCAGGGUCAGAUCAUUGCGGCGAACAUUGAGAAUAGUUCGAUUAGCUAUGACCGUGACUGGACGCUGGACGAUAUCAGUCAGGUGUCGUUCAAGCCGUGUAUUCAGGGCAGUGGCAGCCUCACGCCGAUGCCCUUCCACGACUCUGCGCACAACAUUUGCGACGGUGGAAGUGGCAGCGGUAGUGGCGUGGUGGUUGCGACCCAUCGGUACUCGGCGAUCUCCGGGUCUUCGCACACGGUCCACGAGGAGGAACAAAUGCAGCAGCAGCAGCAUCAGGCUGCAAGUAUUAGCGAACAAAACAAUGGAAGUAGUUGUAGCAGUAGCAUUAAGACGGCCGACUUAAAUCUGUUCAAAGUGCCGAACGCAGAACUGAGUAGUGUUAGUAGUAGCAGUACAGCAGGAGUGCCAUGCCGAUAUCCGAAUUCGGCAAUUUUCGUGGAAAACCGUGAUAUUCUGAACGACCCGGCGCCGCCGUGCCACGAAUCGGUGGCAUGCCAAGCCAAACUGUACAAUCGGCGUUCGACCGUCAUGGGCGGCGGCCAUUACGUCCAGGAAGAUCCUCGCCAUGACCUGCGGAGAUACUCGGACACCAAGCUGCUUCAGCAGCAAAAGCUCAGCUUCGUCAGCGAGCAGCCUGUCGAGUACAGCAGCCCUACCAAAGAUCAGUUGCUUCUGAACCCCAAAAGCAUCAUCUACGACAUGACCAGCUUCCUCGGGCCGGUCGUACCGCAGGAACAAAGCCCCACCAGCAGCCACCAUCAUCGCCCUCAUCACCACCAUCACCAUCACGUGCUGGUCACGGGCGCCGCCGAUCAUCUACAAACCACCGACAUCCAGUUCGACAGCUCGGCUCGAGGCGACGACCACGACCCGGAAACGCCGCGCCCCUCCCCGCCGUACGACCCCCUCGAACUCAACAUCCAAGAAAUGCUCGAACUAGACAUCGCAAACAUCCAGCGGCUGCACGAAACCCAGGAUCCGUCCUCGCCCUGCAUUCACCACCACCGGCCAACGCCGCUGGUCGUGCGUCCCGUGUGCUCCUCGGCCUCCAACCCGCGCCUGCAGCAGGCGAGCGCACCCCCACCGGUCCUCAUUCAAAUGCCUCCGGAACCGGCACGCCGCCAGCAGCAGCAGCACCUCGACCCGAGCGACGCCACCAACUCCAGCCAAAUCAACAGCAACCGACUGAAGCUGUUCAAGUCCCUCCCGAACCUGAGUGCCAGCAGCGAGAACCUGCUGCCCCCGCCCAAACGCUUCGACUCAUAAGGUACGAAAUUUCUCCUUUAACUUCUAAUUAAACAAAACAGAGUUAGACGUUGCAGUUAGCUAGUGUUGCUCAGUUCGGUUUUUAAACAAAUAUGGGAAAAACGAAAGCCCCUCUUGUGAUAUUUUUUGGUUUUCCGCGAUACAUUCACACACACACACACCUUCCUUCCAACGGAGGAAGGAAAAGGCCCAACUUUACUUUCACCGAAAUGAAAAUAAAACGAACAAAUAAAUAUACUUAGUAGCAAACGAGGCAUUUUACGGGGCGCGCAGCAAACGAAACUAUUCUUACUUAAUCCGAUAUUUUUGCGUCCGAAUAGUCCCCCCCCGAACCCUGAUGUAUAUCAAAAUAAAUUCAAAACAUAAAAAAAUUGCAGCCCGACAUACGAUUAGAGGCUGGGCCCGUGGUUUGCGUUGUCAAAGUAAAAACAUAAUUAGAGUUGUAGAACAGUGAUGAUGGAUGGAUGGAUGAUGGGAAGGAAUAUAUUUAGCAAAGUAAUCGUGAGAGAAAGAGACAGAUCGAGAAAGAGAGAGUGAAACUGUGUCGAUAAGAGUGAGUUAAGGAAAUAUAACGGAACGGAGCGCGAACAGGACGUAACUUGUGACUUAUAUUAUUAGAACCUUUUAAAAUAAAUUAAUGCAACGGUGUUACAAUAAAUUAAUGCAGUUUUUAAUUUUUCCAUUUGGAAUAUAGAGUUGCGAAACUUGGUAAAAUGUAA